UGGCGCUCCUCACUGUGGCUGAACUGCAACAGAAAUAAUCUGCACAGGAAGAGGAGGUUCUCAACUACGUGCACUAUACUGCAUUUAGCUUUGAUUCAGCCUGACGCUCAGACAGUCAGCAGCAAGACAACAUGGAGGCUAAAGCUCUCUGCAUCAGACUGUUGAUGACUGUUUUGAUGCUGCUGGUUGCACAUGUUCAGCUAAGUUAUCCUCAGACAUCUGUGUCAGAUGCAGCUGUUCGUAUCGUUCCAACCAGACUGCAGCUCUUUGAAUACGAUUCUGUCAAUUUUACCUGUGAGGGGUUUAAUGUCUCAGCUGGAUGGAAAGUGAGGAACAUCAAGGAAUUCAUUCCAAAAUGUUCAAAGUGCACAGUGACAACAACCGUGACCUACGCAAUUGACUACGCCUUGGCAUCAGACAGUGGAGAAUACUGGUGUGAAGGUGGAGGAGGAGAGAGAAGCAACACUGUCAGCAUCACUGUCACUGCUGGUUCUGUGAUCCUGGAGAGUCCUGCUCUUCCUGUGAUGGAGGGAGAUGCUGUGACUCUGAGCUGCAGAAAGAGGGAGACUUCCUCCAACCUCACAGCUGAUUUCUAUAAAGAUGGCCUCCUCAUUGGGACCAGUUCCACAGGACACAUGACCAUCCACAGUGUUUCCAAGUCUGAUGACGGCCUCUACAAGUGCAGAAUCUCUGCAGCUGGAGAAUCACCAGGGAGCCGGCUGUCCGUCAGAGUGGAGAUCCCAAAGUAUAAUGGCUCAGUGAAACAAAGUGAGGACUCAAACGCACAACACACAGACAGAACAGCAUCUGACAAAGAAAUUAAUUUUUCCCGCCAUUACUACCUCCUGCUGUGGAUCCUCGUCACUGUCAUAUUGGUUCUGCAGCUGCUGGUGAUGGGACUACUUUACUGGAAGAAACAGCUACAUUUACACGCAGUCUUACUAGAGGCAAAGGUGAAUGAGCCCAACAAGGACAUGUACGCUGUCGUCAAAAAAGGCAAGAAAAAGAAAGACGCUGCAGACGCUGCUGAUAAUUUGAGCCUCUGUCUCGACACAAACCACAGCCCAACACCACAGACAGAAAAAGAUAAGGAUGAACACUUGUUUCAAUCUUUUCUCUCCACUUUCACCGUCGAUGGCACUUAACAAGCUCUCCAGAAUGGUUACUAUGUUAUUUUAAUGAUUUAGGACCAUGCAGCAGAUUAAAUUCAUUUCUCAAGACAGUACCUAAGGGCACAUUUACACAUUUACAACAUUACUAAAAGAGUUUCUUUGAACUCUCGGGCAUUUACUUCUUUAGUCUGGUUCAUUCUGUCACAUCUUAGUUAUUAUGAAAAACGGUCACAGUCACAUUUUUCAUUACUUUAUGGACACCAGGAACAAAAUGUGCCUGUCAAAACACAACUUGAAGACUUUUUAUUCCUGAACUGAAUACCUGACAACAGAAGUGUCAGUUUAGAAAAUGUUCAUAUGAGUCAUUUUGUAACAGUGCCAUGGGUUGUUUCACUGACAAAUCAUCUCCUUUCCUUAGUGUUACGAGCAAAUCAAUGGGGCAGAGCCAAUGAAAACAAAACAAAAACAUGAUUUUCUAAUUUUUGGUUUCUAUGAUGAACAAGUCUAACAAAAGGCUGAGACACGUUCAUUUGUUUCUGUAUUUCCAGGAUCAGGGGUAUCCAGCUUCACAGUGACAUCAGCUCCCUCUGCAGCUACAGACCCAACUUUAACAGAUCAGUAUCACCAAUAUGCCUCCACCCAGGAGGUAGCAGAGUAGAGCGUAACACUGGCCUUUUAUACAACUUUAAUAAACAUUUGACUAAAUAUUUUUUAUGAGAUCUUUGUAUUAUAAACACAUAAGGGCAGGAAAGGAAGAGAAGGUAACCUGAUACUCAGUGUGGUAUUAAAACCACUGUCUGUAAAACAUGUUUUUUUCACUUUCCCCUAGUGGUAGGUUUUACUAAAUUUACUGAACACAGUUGUACAUGUGAGCAGCUGUAUGUAGCGUUGCACUAUUCUGCAUUGUCAAGUGUACAGGGUGUGAACAGAGAUGGCAGCAAAUGCAGCAUUAAUAGACUGCAUGCACUUACUCUUUGAAAUAUUGUAUUGUGCAUGAACUUCUUUUAUCUCCGUAUUUCCCGUGUGUCUUACAGAUCACUAAGGUAGAAUCACUUUACUAAAGGAGACAGAGGAACUGCUUACAUCAUGCGAAAUGUGCAAUGAAGUGAUUACAGUAAUUGAGAGACUUUUAAAUAAACUUUGCUUUAAGUAGCUUUUAGUGUUUAGUACUUUAGUUGGUACUCUUCAGUAUGCAACAUAUGUUUAGUAGAGUAUUAUACCGGGUAGUCAUUCAGUUUAACAGGAGUACAGUAUGUUUUGGUUUUAAAUUCUAUCUGAAUCAAAGCGCAAGCUUUUUUGUUUGUUUUUGUUUUUGUUUUUGCAUUACAAAGUGCAUAACCUGUCACUUGGAAAUAAUGUUUGCAUUUGGUCUGUUACCUUUCUUUAUGUUCUGUUAUGUUAAUAGUUGAGGUAUGUUUUCUAUUACUUAAGUACAUUUCUAACAUAAUAAUUCACAUGGAAUAAAAAAACUACUCCGUUGUAAUACACUUUACUUGUUUGGUGAGUUUUCUCUCUUCCUGUGGCUUUCCAUGAACAGUUUGAUAGCAGAAUAUCUUACA